AUGGUUGGCGUCAAAAGCGAGGUGGGCCAAUCAAGAUUUGGACCGAUACGAUCAGAAGAGAUUUUGAACAUUGAUGGUGUUGCUUUGUUGAUGCUGUCUGAGAAAGAUUUACGAGAAAAACCAAUGGAAAUGCAAUGUGUUGGUGAUAUUAAACGUCUAUCGCUUGCUAUAUCGAAUAUUAGAAAUCGUUAUCAGUCAGUUUUCCAUGAGUAUUCUUUUGAUAACCCAGUCUGGGACGAUGACAUUGGCAAUCUUCAAAUUUGUGGUUUCAAUAAAAGUGAUGAAAGGGAUGAAAUGAUUGGACAUAAGUUGUUAAGUAAAGAAGAAAUUAUUCGAAAGGUUGAAAGUCCUGAUACAGAAAAGAAAUCUUUAUUCAAACUUGGCAUCGCGCUAUCCUAUUGUGCACUUUCUCUCUUGAUAGCAGCUUUUGUAAUGGUCUAUGUUCACGAUCGGGUACCUGACAUGGAUCAUUAUCCUCCGCUUCCUGACCUUCUUCUCGAUAGCAUACCGAAGAUUUCGUGGGGAUUUCAAGUAUGUGAAAUAAUUGCGAUUAUUCUAUUCGCACUUUGGUUUAUGAUCUUAUUUUUUCAUAAACAUAGGAAUCGUUAUAGAGUUGUUAUAAUGCGCCGUAUGUUCUCUCUUGUUGGCACGGUUUUUUUACUUCGUUCUGUGACAAUGGUGAUAACAUCAUUGUCCGUUCCUGGUGAUCAUGUUGAAUGUCGUCGACAUACUGCUAAUAACACAAUUAACGGCUCGGCGUCUGAUAAUGAUAUCGCUUCAGUCCAGGUAUUUACUUUUAAAAAAAAUUGUGAAAUCCUGACAUCUCAGUUAUUACGUGCUUAUCAUAUAUGGUCAGGUUUGGGUAUGUCAAUUCAAGGUGUUCGAACGUGUGGUGAUUAUAUGUUUAGUGGUCAUACAACCACGGUGACAUUACUGAACCAUUUCAUUACUGAAUACACGCCGGAUAAUUGGUAUGGUUUACAUACGGCAACAUGGGUUUUAAAUCUAUUUGCGAUAUUUUUUAUAUUAGCUGCACAUGAGCAUUACAGUAUUGACGUAUUUAUCGCAUUUUAUAUCUCAUCAAGAAUGUUUCUUUAUUAUCAUGCAUACGCUUACCAUCAUUAUAACGUUACGAAAAAAGAUGGGCGAAUGAGAAUUUGGUUCCCACUUGGAUGGUUAGUUUAG